GCUUCUGCAAAGGCUCACAGCUUCUUUCACAUUAGCAUACUAUUUUGUUUAAUAAUAAAUAAACAUUUAAUAAUAAAUUAUUUAUUGCAUCUGAUAAAAUCAUAUUUUUUAAUCUCUUCCCCUUUCCUACUCAGGUUUUCGCUGACACUAAUUGAUACUUUGGACACUCUUGUGGUAUUAAAUAAAACCAAAGAGUUUGAAGAUGCUGUUAAAAAAGUAAUUAGAGAUGUUAAUUUAGACAAUGACAUUGUGGUAUCAGUGUUUGAAACGAACAUCAGAGUACUUGGCGGUCUUUUAGGUGGGCACUCAGUAGCAAUCAUGCUGAAAGAGAAAGGUGAAGUCAUGCAGUGGUACAAUGGAGAACUUCUACACAUGGCAAAACAAUUAGGCUACAAACUUUUGCCAGCUUUUAACACCACAAGUGGUCUCCCAUAUCCAAGAAUUAAUUUAAAAUUUGGUCUAAGAAGUCCAGAAGCCCGGACAGGAACAGAGACUGACACUUGUACAGCUUGUGCUGGUACUUUGAUCUUAGAGUUUGCUGCUCUGAGUCGUUUCACAGGAGCAUCAAUAUUUGAGGAAUAUGCACGGAAGGCACUUGAUUUCCUUUGGGAGAAAAGGCAACGAAGCAGCAAUUUAGUGGGAGUUACUAUUAACAUUCAUACGGGUGACUGGGUCCGUAAAGAUAGCGGAGUUGGAGCAGGCAUAGAUUCAUAUUAUGAGUAUUUAUUAAAGGCCUAUGUCUUGCUUGGAGAUGACAGUUUUUUAGAAAGAUUUAACACCCAUUAUGAUGCCAUAAUGAGAUAUAUCAGCCAGCCACCUCUCUUGCUUGAUGUGCACAUACACAAGCCAAUGCUAAAUGCUCGGACUUGGAUGGACUCACUACUAGCAUUUUUUCCUGGUUUGCAAGUAUUGAAAGGUGAUAUUCGACCUGCUAUAGAAACUCAUGAAAUGCUAUACCAGGUGAUAAAAAAGCAUAAUUUUCUUCCUGAGGCAUUCACAACAGACUUCCGGGUUCAUUGGGCUCAGCAUCCUUUACGGCCAGAAUUUGCAGAAAGCACAUAUUUCUUGUAUAAAGCUACUGGAGAUCCCUAUUACCUAGAAGUAGGAAAAACGCUAAUUGAAAACUUAAAUAAAUACGCACGAGUACCUUGUGGCUUUGCUGCUAUGAAGGAUGUUCGCACUGGAAGCCAUGAGGACAGGAUGGAUUCUUUCUUCCUAGCUGAAAUGUUCAAAUAUUUAUACCUGCUUUUUGCUGAUAAAGAAGACCUAACUUUUGAUAUUGAAGACUAUAUUUUUACUACAGAGGCUCAUUUGCUACCUCUUUGGCUAUCUACUACAAACCAAACGGCCCUUGUAAAAAAUAUUACUACAGAAUACAUGGAGCUGGAUGAUAGUAAUUUUGAUUGGACUUGUCCUAACACCCAAAUCCUAUUUCCCAAUGACCCUAUGUAUGCUCAGAGUAUAAGGGAACCCCUGAAAAAUGUGGUGGACAAAAGCUGCCCUAGGAGUAUUUCCAGAAUGGAGGAGAGUUUAGGCAGUGGACCAAAGCCUCCCCUGAGAGCCAGGGAUUUCAUGGCCAGUAAUCCAGAACAUUUAGAGAUACUGAAAAAGAUGGGAGUCAGCUUGAUUCAUCUCAAAGAUGGAAGAGUACAAUUGGUGCAGCAUGCUAUUCAAGCAGCAAGUUCACUGGAUGCUGAAGAUGGCUUACGAUUCAUGCAAGAAAUGAUUGAGUUGUCCAGUCAACAACAAAAAGAGCAGCAGCUACCUCCUCGUGCAGUUCAAAUUGUUUCCCAUCCAUUCUUCGGCAGAGUAGUUUUGACAGCGGGACCUGCACAGUUUGGAAUGGACCUGUCUAAACACAAAUCUGGGACAAGAGGAUUUGUUGCAGUCAGUAAACCAUAUAAUGGAUGCUCUGAGAUUACCAAUCCUGAAGCACUGAAGGAAAAAAUUGCUCUGAUGCAAAGAGGGCAGUGCAUGUUUGCUGAAAAGGCACGGAACAUCCAAAAAGCUGGGGCCAUUGGCGGCAUUGUUAUUGAUGAUAAUGAAGGAAGUAGCAGUGAUACAGCUCCCCUCUUUCAAAUGGCGGGUGAUGGCAAGAAUACAGAUGACAUCACUAUCCCCAUGCUGUUUCUUUUCAACAAGGAAGGCAAUAUUAUUCUUGAUGCCAUUCAGUCAUAUGAAGUAGUAGAAGUGCUCCUUUCAGAUAAAGCAAAAGACAGAGAUUUGGAAAUGGAAAACGUGGAUCAGAUGUCAUCUGAAAAUGAUUCUCAUAACCAGAAAACGGAAGACAUUUCAGCAGAUUUGAACUUGGUCACUCAAGAUUCUGAAGGAGAAGGUGGUUUGAGCUCAUUUGCAGAGUCAGAGAGCAGUAGUUUUUCUCAAACAAACCAAGAUUCUUGUACCCCUGAAUUCCAGGAAACUAGCAGUAGCAGUCAAGCAUCAGAAGAGGAUAAUCAUCCUGAGGAACAAUCAAAGAUUGAGGCAGAUUCCAGUCCCAGUAAUAACUGGAGUAAUAAAGACCAAUCUAUGGAAUCAAUAAUAGCUGAUUGGAAUGAAGAUAUAGAAGCAUUUGAAAUGAUGGAAAAAGAUGAACUAUAACUUCAGAUAUUUUGCUUGUGAACUUUACAGAGGAUAUAAUGGCCCUAAUACCUGAAAUUCAAAAAGAAUUGUUCAGUAUUGUGACAAGCAGCCAGGUUUUUAUUGGCAAAAGCCAGCAUGUGUUAUAAUUUGAACUUUUUGUUUGUUUGUUUGUUUAUCCUGUUUUUAAAAACGGGAAUGUGCAAUCAACCCAUUUGCAGAGUUCCUUUGCAUGGUGCUGCAAUACAGGAGGUUCAUUCAGGGAAUGAUAUGGAUUCUUCCUGUGUUCCAGAUUGUCGUGGGUUAGCUUAGCGUAGUCUUAGGGAGACAAAGAAAUGACUGCAGUGGGAUUAAUGCACCGGUGAGCCUGAAUGGCUAGUCGUAGUGUUACAUCUUGGCCCAUGGAGGCCAUCAGUUGGCAGGUGUGGCAAUACUGUUUCAAGAGUCAACAUUGUGUUUCAAAGUCUUUUUGAAGACUUGGUGGAAAAGAGUUUGUUGUGCCUUUAUGAUGAAGGCAAAGCAAUGGGCAGCUGUGAUUGUUUUGUGCCACUUAAUGUAGUAAGUGUGCUGUUGUACCUCCUUAUCACUUCUUCCAUUUUAUCACUUUGAAGAAUGACCCAUUCACUUGGAUAUUAUUCUUUGUUCUUGGUUCAAGUCAAGGUAGUAUAUCAACCAAAGGCAAUGUGCUCUGUUAACAAAAGAAGAAGAAGAAGAAACCUGGAGAGUUCUUAAACUUGUAUAUGGAUAAUGGGACAAAACCUCUCUCUACACUCCCAUCAUUUUGGUUUCGAAUGUUGUGCAUAAAAUGGCAAGCUCAAAAUGAGCCCAAACUAGCAUCCUUCACAAUUUCUGGAAAAGGUACGGAAUCAUCUUGCAUCAGGAUCUAAUUUAUUUUGUAAUUACGUGGGCCUUACAUCAAAACCAUCUUAUUCCUGUGUAUAUCUUACAAUUUGUAUGUUUUCCUUCUGCGAAAAAUGGCCAGUAUCUUAACUAGAAAUAAUGCAUCCUUAGCAUAAUAUGAAGUCAAGCAGAAACGAGUAUCAUGUGUAGAUUAGGGAUAUGCAAAACGUUUUGAAUUUGAAACCUUUCGACUUCAACUUGGGUUGAUCUGUGCUUAUUGGAAGGCUGUCCUGACCAUUCUGGAAAUGUUCCCAAGUCAUAGCAGGUAUUUUGCGCUCAGAAUACACCCACUUUUUAUUUGGAACACUUCUGGAAAGUCCUGUUCAAACUCAGACCAGAGCAUUUUGAACGCAGAAUGUUUUGAACUCAGAACGUUUUGCAUGUCAUUAGUGUAGAUUCUUUUUAAAU